GCCAGUAUUUCACAGACAGGCAGGGAGAGAGGCAGUCAACUUGACCUUCACCGCAGCAGUUGUAGACCCUAUCAGAUUUAUCAAGGAAGGGACUAAUACAUACUCCCUCACACCAGACACGCACAUACAAACACACUAGUGGGGAGACCAGGGCAGAGACCAGACACACACACUCACUCACCUGCAGUCCAGGAAGCGGACACACACACUCAAACUCACCCACCCACCUGGACUAUAUUCUUUACGCUCCAGCUCUACUGGUUCACCCCUUUCCUGACUCGACUGAAGGAACAACAGCACACCCUCCGGCCCUGUCUCCAGCUGCAGUGAUGGGAGCAUAUAGAAGAGUUUGGAGGUUGGGGGGCUGCGUCGGGGCGGUGUUGGCCUGGAUCGGGGCACUGUUCCUGGGUACCAGCUUGGCCCAGCCUCCCGCUGACUCCUGUCCUACGGGAGUCACUCCCUCGAACCUGAGCCAGCCCCAGUACCAGUCAGUCCCAGGAGCAGACACAGGCUUCAUGUCCGGGGUGGUCCAGUCCUUCCUCCACACCGUCCAGCCCAACCCCUUCCCCAAAGAUUUGCUGGUUAAUUUAUUGGAGGGAAAUGGCAAUGUAUACAAUGACGACAAGACCAUUAAAGAGGUCCUUCUCUAUGAAGUUGGUUUCCUAGUGUGUGCGGCUAUAGGGAUCGUAUACAUUAUCCUGAUGCCCCUGGUUGGGUUCUGCCUGGCCUGCUGUCGCUGCUGUGGACACUGUGGAGGACACAUGUACCAGAAGCAGACUAAAGCUGUCCACUGUCACAGGAGAGGAUUCUACUGGGCGACGCUACUCACCACGCUAGUCAUACUCUCAGGGAACAUCUGCAUGUUCUUCAGCAACCAGUUUCUGAACGGGAGUGUCGAGGACAGCUCUGUAGAACUCAACAAUACACUUGACAACCUCCAAACCUACCUCACAGCUGUCCCACAGCAAAUUGAUAGUGUGCUGAUGGAGAGCAAUGAGACAGUGGAUGAAGUCACCCGAAGCCUCAAUAAUAUAGGUAAUCUGCUGGGCAAGGAGAUCCAGAGAAGACUAGAGGGGCCCCUGAAACCUUCCCUGCAGUCUGUCAGAGAUAUAGCCAAUGUGGUGAACAGUACCAGUGUCCUGCUGGUGAGGUUAGACUCUACUCUAACCCAGUUCCAGUCGGAUGUAUCUGUGGUCCAGGCUAAUGUUAGCUCUGUCAGAGACCGCAUCAACAGCACACUGAGAAACCCUAACUGUACCGCGUGCUCUACCCAUCAGUCAGAGCUACAGAAACUAACAUUUGCCACCACUAUCGCUGUACCCAGUCUGAGUGAGCUGCAGUCGGCUGUUAAUAACGUCACCAAGGCUGAUCUAAACUCUAAAGUGAAAGAGGGAGAAGACUUCUUUGCCAGUAUUCCCCAAAAAGUGACCAACGACACCAAGGACGUGGUACAGAAUGUGAAGCAGCAGCUUGAAGGCAUCGAGAGACAAAUCUCUGAGGUGAAGGGAAACAUCCCUGUCUCUGCCCUCAGAAACAUCUCAGACACACUGGGAGAGGCUCAGAGAUACAUCGGCAUGUACUCACAACAGUCAGAGAGGGUAGAGAUGACCAGGUGGGGUGUGUGUAUUAUCCUGAGCUGUUUAGUUCUCCUGGUUGUAGUGUGUAACCUCCUGGGUCUGUUUUUGGGUCCGGUUGGGCUGAGCCCAAAGGACGAGCCAACAGAACGAUCCAGCACCGCAGACUGUGGAGGAACCUUCCUCAUGGCGGGUGCAGGGCUAAGUUUCCUGUUUUCCUGGCUCUUCAUGCUGGUGGUGUUAGUACUGUUUAUACUGGGAGGAAAUGUCUACACGCUGAUCUGCCAGCCCUGGCGCAGUGGACAGCUACUACAGUUUGCUGACACUCCGGGCCUGAUACAUGGCUUCAAUUUAGGAAAUACACUGGGUCUGAAGAGCAACCUGACACUCACUGAAGUAUACAAUGAUUGUGAAAAGAACAGGCCUCUAUGGACAACACUCCAUCUGUAUGAUCUCAUAGACCUCAAUGCUUUGCUCAACGUGUCCAAAUACACAGAAGAGAUUCAAAAGCACUUUAAUAGUAAUGAGAUCAAACUGUCUACCAUCACCCUGCUCACCCAUGAGAUACGCAAGCAGCUACACAGCUUCUCUGACAAGGCCCUUGAUGUCGACUUCAGCUCUGUCACACAGCAGAUCAACAAUAUUUCCAGCAUUAAUCUGGAUGAAACAGCAGACAGGCUAGACCAACUUGCUUCUGUUCAAACCGGUGUUAAAUUAGAGCUGACACAGGAGGCUACAGACCUGAGAGCGAUCCAGUUCUACGUGAACACUGCCGUCAUCCCACAACUGACUCAUUUGAACUCCACCAUAGAUGCCCUCGGUGUCAUAGCGUCACAUAUCAACCGCACAGUAGGAGAUCUGUUGAGUAAAGUGGGAACAGCUCAAGACUUCCUCGACACUAACGCUUCACAGAUUGUCAAGGCCGAGAGUAGGACGUUCCUAGACUGUCAGAUGGGGUACUUCACGGCGUACGCUGACUGGGCUAAUUUCACGAUCACUCAACAGGUUGGUCUCUGUGGCCCAGUGGCAGAAGCUAUGGACUCAGCUGAGGUUAUAGUCUGCUCAAACAUGGUGCAAUCUCUGAACGCAUUCUGGUUCAGUCUGGGCUGGUGUACGAUCUUCCUGGUCCCCAGCAUCAUCUUCUCCAUCAGUCUGGCCAAGUUCUACAGGAGGAUGAAGCACAGCGAUAUCUACGACAACCACAUAGCCAUGAACAUCAUCCCCCGAGCCCAAAUCCAACCCUACUGAGCUGAGGGAAAGAGGACUGGCCAGGACUGUUACUGCCCUCAGGGACUACAACCAUGAUUCUGUCACAACUCCCUGACAGAGGAUCAUGGAACAUUUCAAACAGAACUCUGUCACCUAAAUAAGAAUUUGUUCCUAACUGACUUGCCUAGGUAAAUAAAUGUUAAAUAAAGAAAGAAAGAAAGAAACCUUCAUAGAAAUCAAAUGAUUGUCACUAACAGAACUCUGGCACCCCUACCUAAAACUACUACAUGGGAACAUUCAAAACAGGACUGAACACAAUCACAUGGUGUAUUUCAAUAAGGAAGUGGUACUCUCCCUCAUUGAUGGACUGAAAUGGAGGAGCGAUCUCACACUCACUUAAUGGACAGAGGAACUGUUUUCUGGAGACGGCAUGUGCGCCACACAUGCGCGUCAUAUUUCCAUGCUGUGUGUCAGGAAUUAAAGGCCACAUUCUCAAUGUCUGCAGUACGCACACAGACAGACAGACAGACAGACAGACAGACAGACAGACAGACAGACAGACAGACAGACAGACAGACAGACAGACAGACAGACAGACAGACAGACA